UCAACCAAUCCGCUAGAUAUGUAUGCGCUAUCCAGUCUUUUUUUUUUUUUUUUUAGAUAAGUGGCUGCAGCCCCCACUCCCAGCCUUCACCCGUCUAGCAUCGGCGUGACUGCAUGGAAACCCCAAAAGAAGUGUUUGUUGUUAUUGAUGCUGUCCUGCUAUCCCGCACAGAAAAACGGGAAAUUUGGUUGAGGGGCCCCAGCCAAGUCUCAGGGUCUCGUUGCAGUUGAGGUGACCUUCUGCCAUGACGAGGAACGAGUGGAGCAAGUUCUAAAGGUGGAAAUGGAAAGUCCACAUCAACGACGGCGAAAGAGGACUGAAGAUCCACACUGAGACGUGCGAGGGCCGCACCCCUCGCUCAUUGACUUGCGCCACAUCACCUUGCUGGAGGAUCGCCAUAGCAACAGGUUGCCCGUAGCGACGGGGUACCGCUCCAUCGCCGCCAGACAGCCGAACCAGCGCGGGGGCGCGCGCGCACACGCACGCCAGGGUGAGGUCCGCGCGCGGAGGCUCAGUCAGACGCGACGGCGGCUCGUGCGGACGCGUGGAUCGAACCGGCGGCACGAUGGCGGGCUGACGUGACGACCGCGAACGACGCUCGCGAAAACAACAAGAAGAAGAAGAGGAGCGGGUUACUCACACGUGCACUUGAGACAACCACACAAGGGCGAGGAGGCGUCCGGCGGCGGCCCUCCCGCACGCGCCCCCCGUGUUCCGUGCGUGGUUACCGAGCGCCGGCCACAGCGCUGGAGCCGCGACGCCCCAGCAUGGACGUGCCCAGGAUGGCCGAGGGCCUCUUCAGCAGCACGCUGUCGUCGUCGGGCGGCGGCCACCACGCGGCGUCCUACCUGACGCUGGAGCAGAAGGCGGCCUUCGUCUUCGUCAUGCUGCUCUUCAUCUUCCUGGCGCUCCUCAUCGUGCGCUGCUUCCGGAUCCUGCUGGACCCGUACCGCAGCAUGCCCUCGUCCAACUGGACCGACCACACCGAGAAGGACACCUUCGACUACCGCAUCGUCUGAGGUUCUCAAACUUUCGGGGUCCGGGGCGGGGAAAUUUGGGCGCGUCUGAAAACCCGAAAACCUAAAAUACCGGUUGUAUCCCGAAAUUCCGGGAGAAUUGCGGCGAACCUCGUCUACAUCUGUUAUGACAUUUAAACCGAAUGCCCACUUUUGAGAUAAAAAUUGAAGUGAUGUUCCAAGUUUAAAAAAAAUGGGUAAAAAUUAAUGUUCUUAUGAGAAUAAAUUUGGAUUUAUUCGGAUAAAAGGUCAGAAUCUUCACGAGAAUUAGGAUUUUGAAAUCGGAAACUUGGACUUUUUUCCGUACGGACAAACGUGAUUGACAUGGUGAUGAUUUUGCAAACGGCCAAUUUCCGGCUCGCGGACCCCCAGUUUGAGAACCGCCGGUGUGAGUCCCUCGGAUCGCACUUUCCCGCCUCGCGUCGCUGGGAAAAUGGCUACCCCGAGUGGACGUGCUCCCCCACCCCCGCCUUGAGUGGACAUCUUCCUCGUCCCCCCCACCCCAUCCUCCAUUUGUGGACUACCUCGUUCCGCCAUCUUGUGUGUGGACGUCUAAACAGGGUCAAAACAGUUUACACGCCAGCGUCUUUGCUAGAUUUAGACAAUCAGUGUUGUCCCGCCAACCCGCGUAGUUGACCUCCUCCCAGGCUUCCCGCCGCCUCCUCCUCCUCCUUCUACACGGAGCGCUCCCUUUAACGUAAACCCUUUGAACGUUGGCGGCGGCGGUGUCGGACCCAAAGUUGACAGUGCUGUACCGUGUGCCUCCACAUGUUUGUCUCGUGUGGUUUAUCGUCACGUGACGUCCGUGUUCCUCAAGCAGGGUCACUGCCGGCGCUCGGUGGGCGGACGGCGCCCCCGGCCGCGACGGCGUCUCGCCGGUCGUCCCCGUCCUCCCACCGAAGCCUUCGCCCGCUGACGCCACGGCUUCUCGCCAGCUGUGCGCCUUAUUAGCAGAGGUGGGGGAUUCGAGUCGCACCACUUGACUCUAGUUGGACUCGGGACGUGCUCGGCUAAAACCUAAAACCCGACUUGACUUUGACUUGAUCUUCAUGAGACUCGCUGACUUGUUCUUGAUAAGACUCGAUGCCAAUUAUACGACACGAUUUGGCAAGUCUGCGACAGGUUAACACACCUGCCUCACAAUUCAGAACACCCGCGUUCAAAUCUGGCCUUCUUGUGUGGCGCUUGCGUGUUCUCCCCGUGCCUGCGUGGGUUUUCUCCAGGUACUCGGGUUUCCUCCCACAUUCCCCAAAAAACGUGCAUGCUUGGUUCAUGGAAGACUCUAAAUUGCCCAUAAGUAGGAAUGUGAGUGUGAAUGAUUCCACUGCGAGCGGCCGGCGACCAGUUCAGGGUGUGCCCAGCCUCUUACCCGGAGUCAGCUGAGAUACGCGCCAGCACGCCUGCAAUCCUAACGAGCAUAAGCAGCAUGAAAAAUUAAUGGAUGGGUUUGCCCAUUCUUGCCUGUUUACAUUAGAAAAUGUGUAUUGUCAAGAUGAUAUGCCAUUUGGCGUCUGUCUCUUAAUUCUGAGGUUCCAGGUUCGAAUCUCGACUGCGUCCAUCCUGUGUGGAGUUUUUCUGCCCUCACUCCCCCACCUCACCCCCCAGGUACGCCACAUAAUCCACGUUAGCUUCAAUCAAGACUAAUUUUCUUCUUCAGUGUGACUUGAGUAAGAUUGAUUGUCUAUACGUGCCCUGCUCUUGACUUCUGACUGCUCCUGGGUGUGACCCGCAUCUCAUCCAAAGCCAACCGGGAUUGGCUCCAGAUCGCCUGCGACCCAAAUGACAACUUGAACAAAUGAAUGUGCGGGUUUUACAAAUUGGCAGGCGGUCACACACUAAUUAGCUGACCUUAAUGUUAGUUGGACACCAUCUACCGCUUCUCCGGGUCGGUUCGCGGGGGAAGUAGUUUCAGCAGGGAUACCAGACUCACAGACUCCUCAGCCACUUCUUCCAGCUCUUCCGGAGGGAUCCUGAGGCGUUCCCAAGCCAGCUGAGAGACAUAGUCUCUCCACUGUGUCCUGGGUCAUCCUUGGGGUUUCCUUCCGGUGGGACUUGCCCUAAACACCUCACCAGGGAGGCGUCCGGAUCAGAUGCCCCAGCCACCUCAUCUGGCUCCUCUCAUUUCGGAGGACGCUGAUCCCCUCCCUGAUGACCGAGCUUCUCACCCUAUCUUGAAGGGAGAGCCCAGACACCCUCCGGAGGAAACUCACUUCGGCCGGUUGUAUCUUGAUCUCGAUCUUGUUCUUUCGGUCAAGACCCACAGCUCGUGCCCAUAGGUGAGGGUAAGAACGUAGAUCGACUGGUAAAUUGAGAGCUUCGCCUAACACAAAGUCCACGUCACUGCAGACGCUGCACCGAUCCGUCUGUCGAUCUCCCGCUCCGUUCUUCCCUCACUCGUGAACAAGACCCCAAGAUACUUGAACUCCUCCACUUGGGGAAGGAUCUCAUCCCCGACCCGGAGAGGGCACGCCACCCUUUUCCGCAAGCCACAGUCACAGACACUGCAAAGUGCUAAUAAUGUGUGAAAAAAGCGGCUUGAGAUUAUCUGAAUGUCCGAACCCAUGACUGGACUUCCUUUGUAACUUUUGGGACUGUAAGGCGAAGACUCGGGACUUCUGACUUGCACAUAAGGUGACUUCCGCCCCACCUCUGCCUUUCUAGUGUAGAUUGUUUACAGACUUUUCUUCCUGGUGAUGUCAUUAAAAGAGAGACGCUUCCCUCGCGCCCCAGCUCCUCCCUCGCCACCCGUGCGCUUCCUGCCGCGACAGGAAGCGCACAGCUUGAGCCUUUCUCGCGCCGUUUUCGUGAUGCCGUGGCCUUUAUUUCCACCCCCCACCCCCCUGCCAGUCGCACAGGUUUCUCUCUGGCUCGGUGGUGUGCAUGUCGCCGGCCUCUCCGUGCAUGCUCCACGCUUCCCGCUGUUUCCUGUCGGUGUCGGAGCUCCCGAAUGCGCCUCCGCGUUCUUUAAGAAGCCUUCGUGCUCCCGAAGCAGCCUUCUUUUUUUUUUUUUUUUGUGGGGAGGGGGGGGAUUAAAAGGUCAAAUUACUCAGCGUCCUUCAUUCGCGUUUGUUCGAUAUGAGGUUUCACCGGCGAGGCGGCAGAGGCGUCAGG